AUGCGCGUGGUGGUUAUUGGAGCCGGGGUCAUUGGACUGUCCACUGCCCUUUGCAUCCAUGAGCGCUACCAUUCAGUCCUGCAGCCACUGGACAUGAAGGUCUACGCGGACCGCUUCACCCCGCUCACCACCACCGACGUGGCUGCUGGCCUCUGGCAGCCCUACCUCUCCUACCCCAGCAACCCACAGGAGGCGGACUGGAACCAGCAGACCUUUGACUUUCUACUGAGCCACGUCCAUUCUCCCAAUGCUGAAAAAAUGGGCCUGGCGCUAAUCUCAGGCUACAACCUCUUCUGUAAAGCCGUUCCGGACCCUUUCUGGAAGGACACAGUUUUGGGAUUUCGGAAGCUUACCCCCAGAGAGCUGGACAUGUUUCCCAAUUACAACUAUGGCUGGUUCAACACAAGCCUAAUCCUGGAGGGGAAGAACUAUCUGCGGUGGCUGACUGAAAGGUUGACUGAGAGGGGAGUAAAAUUCUUCCAGCGGAAGGUGGAGUCUCUUGAGGAGGUGGCAAGAGGAGGCACAGAUGUGAUUAUCAACUGCACCGGGGUGUGGGCCGGGGCGCUGCAACCGGACCCCCUGCUGCAGCCAGGACGGGGGCAGAUCAUCAAGGUGGAUGCCCCUUGGAUGAAGCACUUCAUUAUCACCCAUGACCCAGAUGGCAGUAUCUACAAGUCCCCAUACAUCAUCCCAGGGAUCCAGACAGUUACUCUCGGAGGCAUCUUCCAGCUGGGGAACUGGAGUGAGCUAAACAAUAUCCAGGACCACAACAUGAUUUGGGAAGGCUGCUGCAGGCUGGAACCCACACUGAAGGAUGCAAGAAUUGUUGGUGAAUGGACUGGCUUCCGGCCAGUACGCCCCCAGAUUCGGCUAGAAAGAGAACGGCUUUGUGUUGGAACUUCAAACACAGAGGUCAUCCACAACUACGGCCAUGGAGGCUUUGGGCUCACCAUCCACUGGGGCUGUGCCUUGGAGGCGGCCAAGCUCUUUGGGAAAGUGCUGGAAGGAAAGAAGCUGUCCGUGCCGCCACCAUCCCACCUCUGA